UCGAUUCGUAUAUAAAAAUAGCAACACACCAAAGAGCGAGAGAGCAAGAGUGAGAAGGAGAGUUAGGGCGAGAGCGAGCGCGCACACCAAAGAGAACAGGAGGAAGAUUCAGUAGAAGAACUUGAGAUUGAACGGUGCGGGGGAUUAUUGGGGAAUUGAAAUCGUUCGCUAAUAGCCCAAGUGCGGAUUUGGAUUACAAUCAACAACAACAACAACAACGACUGCAGCAACAACAACGAUAAAAAAUAAGUAAAGUGCAGCCACAGCGUCGUCGGAGAACGUCGCCAAAAUUUCACUCGAUCUAAUGGCCAAAGACGAGGAGGAUGAUCUGCUGCCCGACAAGGAUGCGGCGAAGGGCUUCUACGCCAAAUACGAGCCCAAAGAAAUACUGGGCAGGGGCAUCAGCUCGACGGUGCGUCGCUGCAUUGAGAAGGAGACGGGUAAAGAGUUUGCAGCGAAAAUUAUCGAUCUGGGCGCCACGACGGAAUCGGGCGAAACGAAUCCAUAUCAUAUGCUCGAAGCAACCAGACAGGAAAUCUCAAUCUUACGCAAAGUGAUGGGGCAUCCCUACAUAAUUGAUUUGCAGGAUGUAUUUGAAUCGGAUGCAUUUGUAUUUCUCGUCUUCGAGCUGUGCCCCAAGGGCGAACUGUUCGACUAUCUGACAUCGGUGGUGACGCUCUCCGAGAAGAAGACGCGCACCAUUAUGCGGCAAAUAUUCGAGGGCGUCGAGUAUAUACACGCCCAGAACAUUGUGCAUCGCGAUCUGAAGCCCGAGAAUAUAUUGCUCGACGAGAAUCACAACGUGAAGAUCACAGACUUUGGAUUCGCCCGGCAGCUGGGCGAGGGCGAGAAACUUACAGAUCUUUGCGGCACUCCGGGCUAUUUGGCACCGGAGACACUCAAGUGCAACAUGUUCGAGGGUUCCCCGGGCUACUCGCAGGAAGUGGACAUUUGGGCCUGUGGCGUCAUAAUGUUCACCUUGCUCGUCGGCUGUCCCCCGUUCUGGCAUCGCAAGCAGAUGGUGAUGCUGCGCAACAUCAUGGAGGGCAAAUACAGUUUCACCUCGCCCGAAUGGGCCGAUAUUUCAGAGGAUCCCAAAGAUCUGAUACGUAAAUGUCUAGUCGUUGAUCCAGCGCAACGUAUCACCGUUAAGGAAGUAUUAAGACAUCCAUUCUUCAAUCAAAUGGUUCUACUGAACGAGAUGACGUAUAUGCAGCACUUGCAUGCAAAUGCCAAAGUUGCACAUUAUCCAGGCAGCAAUGCGGGCAUCGCUAACAGUAACAGUAGCGGUCCCAGCUCGAGCCGCCAGAAUCAGAAUCAAACAGCCUUCCGUUAUAAUCAACUGAACAGUGGAAACACUGGCAUCAGUGGCGGCGCAUCCUCCUCCUAUAUUUACUGCAGUGCGCCGCAGAGUUCGUAUUCAUCGAAUCGAUUACGCGAUGUCGCUACUACCAGCAGCAGCAAUUAUUUUGCACCCGAUCAUGAGAAACAGAAGCAACUGCUGCAGCAGCAGCAACAACAAAAACAGCAAUUGGAAAGCACAACGACGUCCAUGACCUUGACGGCCACAGUUUACUAUCAACAGCAGCAACAGCAGCAGCAGCAGCAACAACAACAGCAGCAGCAGCAGCAGGAGCAGCAACAACAAUCAACAGCUAGCAAAACGCGACAGCAUUUGGGCAUCGAUAACGAUAAUUAUGAGAGUGCGGCAAAUGCAAAUGCAAAACAUUUAUUGUAUUCAUCAGUGCAGCUGCGGAAACAAAGUCGCUUCAACGCGCGCAAAAAGUUCCAAUUUGCCAUAUUAGUGAUACGCGCGGUCAUUAGGAUACGCCGCCUACGCUACACGGCCGAGCCGCUUCACGUCGAGGAGGCCAUACGUGAUCCUUAUCGCGUCAAGGUGCUGCGCAAGGUUAUCGAUGGCUGCGCCUUCCGCGUGUAUGGCCAUUGGGUGAAGAAGGGCGAGGGCCAGAAUCGUGCCGCCCUAUUCGAGAAUACUCCGCGCACCGAACUGCACGCGCUCUACAUAAACAAUCUCAGUCGAUAGGAGACACAACACGUACACAUGUACACAAAUACAAGUGAAAGUUACUAAGAACACAAUAGCAAAACAAAUUAUGUAAGAGACACCAAAAUACCAUGCAGAACGUAACGCAAAGUUAACGGGUUUCCUCUUCUUUUCAAACGCUCUCGAUUCAGUUUGUUCUGUUCCGUCACACAGCAGAGACA